AUGCAGAGAUUCCCGGCACAGGGAACACACUCUAUGAGAUUCUACACUGGUGUUUCUGGAAUCAGUGACUUCCCAGAGUUCACUGCAGUUGCUCUGGUCGAUGAUGAGCAGUUUAUGUACUUUGACAGCAACACAAAGAAAGCUGUGCCAAAGACAGAGUGGAUCAGACAGAAUGAGGGAGAAGAGUACUGGAAUGGAGAGACUAAGAUUUUCACUGGCACAUAUCCAGCCUUUAAAAUCAACAUCCAGAACCUAAAGAAACUGUUCAACCAGUCAGCAGGAGUUCACACUUGGCAGCAGAUGUGUGGCUGUGAGCUGGAUGAUGAUGGCACCAAACGAGGAUACUGGCAGUAUGGUUAUGAUGGAGAGGAUUUCCUCAGUCUGGAUAAGAGCACCCUCACUUGGACUGCUGCUAGUCCUCAAGCUGUCCUUACCAAACAUAAAUGGGAGGUUAACAGAGCUAUAAUAGAACAACAGAAAGCAUAUCUGGAGAACACAUGUAUUGAGUGGCUGCAGAAGUAUGUGAGAUAUGGGAAGGACACUCUGGAGAGAAAAGUCUUUCCUCAGGUGUCUCUGCUGCAGAAGUCUUCCUCGUCUUCAGUCUCGUGUCAUGCUACAGGUUUUUACCCCAGUGGAGUAACAAUCUCCUGGCAGAAAAAUGGACAAGAGCAUCAUGAGGAUGUGUAUCUUGGUGAACUUCUUCCCAAUGAGGAUGGGACCUUUCAGAGGACGAGCACCAUCAAAGUUUCACCUGAGGAGCUGAAGAAGAACCAGUUCAGCUGUGUGGUGGAGCAUCAGGGUGAAACCUUCAGAAGCAUUUUGAAAGGUGCUUCUGUCCCCAUCGGCAUCAUUCUUUCUGCUGUUGCUGGUGUCUUCCUGUUGAUUGUCACUGCUGUUGCUGGAUAUAAGGUCUAUCAGAAAAAUCAGAAAAAGAAUUAUGAGAGAAACUCAUCAGAAAAUGAAAGGCUUUAAACCUGUCAAUG